UCCGCUAGUUAGUAGUGUCGAACAUCAAGAUGUCCAAUACAGAAGGUGAAAAUCUACUUCCGAUAGAUAUUCAAUGUACAAAAUUAGUUGAUUGGUUGAUAGAUCGAAGACAUUGCAAUAUAAAGUGGCAAACAUCGGCUGAGGUUGUAAAAGAGAAAAUUUCCAAUGCUCUGCAAGACAUGCCAAGCACACCAGAGAUGAAGAAGUUGCUGGAAGGAUCAUGUUUUCAUUAUUUCAAGUGCAAAAAAAUUGUUGAUGUAUUGAGGGACACUGAAAAAGAUAGUAAAAAUAUAUUUGGACUGUAUUCCUCUCAACGAAUGAAGGAUUGGCAAGAAAUUGUGAAGUUGUAUGAAAAAGAAAAUCUAUAUCUUGCUGAAUUAUCAAGCAGAUUACUUCGGAAUCUUAAUUAUGAAAUUCCAUCAAUCAAAAGACAAAGAACAAAAUGUGAACAAAUACAGGAAGAAUGUUCAAAGAAAGAACAGGACUGUAUCAGGAAUGCAAAUGAAGCUCGAAGAUUAUAUAAAGUUGAAUGCAAAAAGAUUGGAAUAACUGGCGAUCAUGUUAAAAAUGAAUUGUUGGAUCUUGUAAAAAAUUUACCAAAUGAAUUCAAUGAUAUUGCAGAAAAGGUCAAAGAAAUUGAAUCAAUCUCAGAAUUCUAUGCAACGUUUGUUGAAUUUACUCUCGAAAGUGACCAAUUUAAAAACUCCAUCACACCUUUGCUCAACUUUAUAUCACAAAAUGGUAAUGCAACUGUAUAUCAAUGGAGAACUGGAAACGUUCCAAGUAAAAUCGUUCACAAAGAUGCUGAAAUUUGUAAAACUGAACUCGAAGAGGAUCAAGGAGGAGAGAUUGACUGGGGGGCAAUUGAUGAUGUUCCAGUGCCAGAUGAAAUAGAUUUUGGCAUAGAAUUAGAUGACACUGGCAUAGGUGAAAUAACAUUAGAAACAGCUGGUGAAGAAGAACCAAAAAAUGAAGAAAAUGGAUUUGAAAUCGUUGAGUCUGAAAGCAAAAGUAAUUGGGAUAUUGAAGAAAUAACUGUCGAAGAGGUACCUAACGGAUCUGCAAUGUUAGAUGAAGGAACAGCCAUUGGUGAUGAUGCAAUGACAGUCCUGGAGAACCUAAAAACAAGGACUUUGUUUGUCAAUGAGUUAAUAGAGCUCAAAGGUUUUCUCUCUCAACGUGCUAAAGAAUUGGCAAUGCCUGCAGAUGUUCUCUCUAUAAAUCAAUUUCAAUCUGCACCUGCAUUAUUGCAAAUGCGAUCUUUGAAAGACAUGCAAACCAUGGAGUCAAAGGUCACAAGCAUUUACGACUCCUUAACAUCAACAAGGAUGACUCAUUUGUGCAGGAUAUUGGGAUCACCAAGGUAUGUUGAUCGACUGAUCGAUACACUUAAAAGGCAGCUUGCUCUUGUUGAUAAACAUCAAAGUAUUAAAUUAGAGCAAAUUAAAAGAAGAUCGGAUGCUGUUGUUGAACAAAGAUCACUUCAACCUAAACUAAAAGCACUUAUAGAAGAAACUAAAGCGUGGCAAAAACUGAUCGAAGAUGACAUUUCAAAAAGAUAUAAAACCCGGCCUAUACAUUUGUUGGGAACUAUAAAUCAACUGUAGAGAGAGUCUAUGGGUUUGGAUUCACUGCAAGCUGCUCCAAAGUUUUAGCUAUAAUGUCAAUAUGAUGCGUGAUUUCGAUUAAAAUGGGUUCUCGUGGCUGAAGAGUGAAAGGUUACAUACAAAAUAUGCAGAAAAGUGGUAUCCGUGUAGGAAACUGAGUCUGUUUUAAAUGGUAUUUGGACCAGUGGAGCUGACAUGUUUGCAUUCCUUGUAAAUCAAUAUUUUUGGUGCUCCCGAAGUAUGUGAAACAAAAUGGUGGACACCGGAACGUUGUAUGUGUACCAGGUUAAGGUCAGUCCAUAAUUUCAGGUACAAAUACUACGGGAGUCACUUGGCU